AUGGCGUCCAGCGACCUCCGCGACGUCCUCAACCUCGACGCACACGCCGGGCCCCGGCCAGCCAAGAAACUCAAGACGGCCGCAUCACGACCGAACCUCAAGGGCCUCGCGCGCGAAGUCCAGAACCUCGGCGGCGACAACCCCAUCGCCAUCGUGCCCGAGGUCUCCGUCUUCAAGAAGCGACGCAUCGCCGUCCGGAAACCCGCCGCGCGGUGGGAGCUGCGCGCCUUCCAGAACUCGUCGCGCGGCGACGACGGCGCUUUCGUCCUGCGCCACUGGCGGAGGAAAACAGACGGCGACGACGACGCGGCCCGGCCCGCCGCCGCGCCGCACGCACAGGGAGACGCCGCCGCGCCGGCCGAGCCCAAGGCGCAAGAACACAAGCGGGAGCAGGUGCUGGAGGACUCGGCGUUCGCCAAGUACAACGUCCACGUCGACGUGCCGCAGUAUAGCCCGGACCAGUACCAGACCAACCUCGUGAGCGCCGACUGGACCAAGGACGAGACGGACUACCUCAUGGGGCUCGUCAGGGAGUUCGACCUGCGCUGGCCCGUCAUCUGGGACCGCUACGACUACGCGCCCGAGGCCAUCAACGGCGAGGCCUCGGCCGACGGGGACGAGAGUAAGGCCAUCAUCCCCGUGCCCAAGCCGAGGACCAUGGAGGCCCUCAAGGCCCGCUACUACGAAAUCGCCGCCAAGAUGAUGAGCGCCCAGACCCCCGUCCAGUACAUGACGAAAGAAGAGUUUGCCCUGCACGAGACCAUGCUCAACUUCAACCCCCAGCAGGAGCGCGUCCGCAAGGAGUUUGCCGUCAACGGCCUCAGCCGCACCAAGGAGGAGGCCAACGAGGAGGAGUCGCUGCUCGUCGAGAUCAAGCGCAUCCUCGCCCGGAGCUCCGUCUUCAACGAGGAGCGCCGCGAGCUCUACAACCGCCUCGACUACCCGCACACCGACCAGGACAUCAACGCCUUCAAGUCGAGCACGGGGCUCCAGACGCUGCUGCAGAAUAUGAUGGCCGUCGACAAGAACAAGAAGCGCAAGUCUCUCAUGGGCGCCGACGGCGUCAGCCCCGGCACCCCGGGCCAGCAGCAGGCAGGCGCCGGAGCUGCUGCUGCUGGUGCCGCCGCCGCCGCCGCCGGCGCAGCGGCAGCAGCCGAAGCCUCGGGCAACAGACGCGAGAGCAUCGCCGUCUCGGCGGCAGGCGGCCACAGAGAUUCGAUCGGCAGCGUGGCGCAGACGCCGACGACCGAAAAGGGAGGAGGCGCCGGCAAGAAGGGCGCGCAGACGCCGCACGAACGACGCAAGCUCUCCGAGGCCGAAAAGUUCAUCUACGGCGUCUCCCACCACGACCGCCUACAGGCGGGCCCCACGUUCCGCUACGAGAAGAUCAACAAGCUCUUCACCAACAAGUCGGGCCAGCAGCAGAUCCGCAUCGCCAACGCUCUUAACGAGCUCGAUAUUCCACAGCGCCUCGUCAUGCCCACGGCCGCCGUCACGGCCCAGUUUGAGCAAUUGCUCGGCGCCAUCAACAGCCUGCUCGACGCCCGCAAGGUCACAGACAAGAUUGACGCCGAGAUCAAGAUUGAGCUUGCGAAAAAGGCACAGCGGGAGCCCAAAGACAAGGACAAGGAUAAGGACAAGGAAGAAGACAAGGAGCAGCAAGCCAAGGACGCCAAGGGCGAAAACGUGGCCGAAGGGAGCGCAGCCGAGGCAGCCAAAAGCGACAAGGCAAAGGACGACGAGCAGCCGGACGACGACGACGACAACGACGACGAGCCUGUCAAGGCGAACAAGAAGGCUGAUCGCAAUGGGGACGCGGCCUCCGAGGAACCGGCCGCUGCUGCUGCUGCCGCCUCGGUCGAGACGAACGAGGAAAAAGCCUCGCCGGCCAAGGCGGCGAGGCCUCCGAGCAGCAGCGGUCCCCAUAAACGGAGCGCCAGCGUCUUGAGCGGUGUUAGUGACAAGAGCGCCAAGAGGUUGAAGAAGUGA